CUACAGUGCUGGAAUCAGCGCGUGCGAGAAAGGCUCGCAGUGGCAGCAUGCCCUGAUGCUGGUGGGAGAAAUAGAGGACAUUAAGUUGGAGCCGAAUGUCACCUCGUCUUAUACCAUUGGCGUGCCUCUUGCCAACUUCGAAACCAGCAAACGCGAAUUGUGCCAAACGAGAGCUGGACUUGGAUUGCGCGAGCCAGUGGGCAGCGGAAACGUUAUCGCUGAUCUUCGAGUUGAUGGAAGCUGGAGGGCGGAGUUGGUGCAGCACGCCUUCAGCCUCGGCGUCACGUGA